ACAUCUCACCAACUAUUUCAAUUCUUUAGCUUAAAGGCGCGCUUAUCGUACUAUAAUUCAUCGGUAUGAUUAACGUAGAUUUGAGUGUUGCGGCCGCGUUACGGAAGUCUGGUGGUAUAAUUAGUCUGAUGCCAAUGGGGGAUUCUAUUUACUUUGGAACUAAUAUUAAACAAGAACCUUUCACACUGUUGACUCUGACAGAUGAUCAGCGUUUCGCCAUUGAAAGGGCAAAGAAGUAUGCUUUAGAGCAAAGUAUUCAAAAUGCACUCAGCAAACAAGCAGCACAGCUACACCAACAGACAAACCGUCCUACAACUUCCACUGGAUUUUCUGGACCUCCUGCAGCUGCACAAAAUCUCCCGCCUCCUGGUGUAUUUAUUCCUACUUCUGUAGGGGACAAUGUAACGUCAACAUCGGAAGAGAAGCAAAUAGAAGGUAAUUCUUUAUUAAAGAAAAUUUUCAAUCCGUUCAAAGAACGUUUGUCGUCUCAACCAAUAUAUAAUUAACUAGCCAGUUAUAUGAAAACAUUUUGAUUUGCUCUAUUUCUGCAACAUAAAAGACAAUAUGUAGAAUUGCAAAUAUACCAUUCUGCUAACAAGCGUCAAAAGGGUGUACAUGGUAUGUUCACCAAGUACGCAGAUUGAUAAAAUGGAAAAGUUUAUAACACAAAACCUAAAAGACUGCACAUGUUUAAUGUUCCCAACGUAAGCUUUCCCUAUCAACCAUCUCUUGUCACGAUCCCGACUAACAAUCUCAGUAAACCAGUUCACCUGUUUAUUGAACAGAUUAUGUAAAUAAACUAAUUCAGUCGACCUACUGGGCUAUUUCUUUCAAAUGCUUAUCCUCCUCCCGAUCGUGUCAUUUCAUUUAUAUCCAUAACUUCACUUUUUGUAUCCUUAUGCAGUCACGGUGAUUUUUUCUUAUCUUCUCUGUCAAGUCUGAUGAAAAGGGAUUAAUAUCACUUGUGAAUGAUAAAUGUUGCUGCUGUUAUGGCGAUAUAUAGAAAUAUUGGUAUGUAUAAGGUGACCGAUUAAACAAUCACUUCACGAGAGUGAGCUGAAUUACCAAUUAUUACGCAUCGAGAACAAACAGAACGUUUCUAUCAUUACAUUUUAAAUUAUCCAACUAAUAAAGGAGGCAGGAAAUAGGGAUUAAAUGGUAUAUUUUUCUACUGUUUUUAUUAAACUUUAAACUAAAAAUGCAGAAGAUAAAAAAAACCAAAAAGACAAAGAAAUGUGGUGAUAUUAAAGUACUUCAAGGGGUGUGCCCCCCUAAGCAAACCACUUGCUUCUGUUUAGGCGCCCGGGCAGUAUCCCAGCCCUCGCACAAAUCUAUUUGGUGCUUCCUUGUACUAAUGUUUGUGUUUAAAUGAAUAAGUACUUCAAGCAUGUCUUUAUAACUAAAACUCUCCGCAAACCCAAUAUUCUCUUCUGGGAUAGGUGAUAUGAUGAUCUUGGGGCUCUGCUAAGUAACUGAGUUACACUUGUGUAUAUAAGUUUGUAAUUAACUGAUGAUUCUACUUACUUUGAUUUAGAAAAUUGUUUCUAUGAUUCAAUUUAUCUGUCUCGUCUCGUAGAUAUCUUGUAUUGAACGCAUUUAAGCGAAUACUAAAAUAGAAUAACUUAUUGUUGAUUUGUCCAAGCUAUAUAACUCUUCGUAACCAUGUUUUUGCAUAACAGACCUUGGAAACCAAGUAUAAAUGACGUAUUUUAUAUGGCUUCUUAGUAUCAUUUAUUGCAUCCUAUCCAUGUCGGUGCAAGUUGUAACACACGAAUAUCACAAAGUUAAAACCCUCCUGAGGCAACUAUAGAACUUAUCAAUCAACGGGAUUGUUUUCGUAACUAAUUCCUAAAAAUCAAUUUCUGUGACUGAUUCAGCGUUUAUCAUUUUUCAAAGCUUUAUGCAUAGUACUGUCAUUAAAUCGAAAUGAAAUUUAUUUUUGUGAAUCUAAAUUUAUCUAACUCAUUGGUUUCUGUGUUAUUCAGAUGUCAUUUCCGUCACAACUGCAUCCGUCUGGGAUGAUGACGACGACUCGGCGAUCCCUGUCCCAACUGCUUCAGAGGAAAUUCCUGAAAUCCCCGCUGAAGAUCAGGUCGGGGAGCACACUGAAGUAACCGCUCACCUAAACGAUGUCGAAGACUCUCAAGAUGUGUUUACUAUUAGUAUGUCUAGGGUUUUAUUGCUCGAGAAUAUGGUAGGUGUUAAUGAAGUGGACGACGAACUUCAGGAGGAAGUAAUGGAGGAGUGUGGGAACUACGGUUCUGUUCUACGCGUUUUGAUUCAUAUAAUGACAAGUCAGGAUGUUCGCAUCUUUAUUCAGUUUGACCGAUCGGAUGACGCUAAAGCUGCUUGCUGCGCCCUAAAUCAACGCUAUUUUGCUGGUCGUGUUGUCCAAGCUCGUUUGUAUGAUGAAGAACGGUUCCAACUGCAUGAACUGGAUGACUAAGGAGUAUUCUAACUUAUUUUAUUGGUCGUAUUUCAGUCCGGAUUCAAUAUCAGUAUUUCUUAUAACAAUUAUGUACGCAUAUUUACGAUGUUCAUUUUGUUUGUCAGACUUAUUGUAUACUUCCUUAACCUUACAAUCUGUAUGUACAUAAAGCAAGGUUUAAUUUUAUAUUAAACAUAUUCCGAAUUAGUUUCCCUUUUGUCGUUUCUGAAUAUAUGGUCAAGUUACAUUCCCCUUGACUAUGCUCGAACUAAUAAUGAUUAUUCAUAUGUAAGCUUUUUGAUUAAUUCGUUACUAAACCACUUAUUUAACAAACUUGCAAGUUUUGUCGUAUUUCUUCAUACUAUUCAAGUGCACCCACUGAAUAUUUUGUGUGACUUCCAUGCGUUUCGUCUUCGG